ACUACUAUCAUAAUCCAAACAUAUAAAUACCUUGCAAAUAUUUUGGGCGUGGCUUAUUUGUAUUAAAAAAAGGGGGGGUUUAACCCAUUAAGUCCCAUGUUUAUAUUAUGAAGCUAAGAAAAUUAGAAAGCAAUAUUCCUCAAGUUUUCCCCACCGGCUUUGCACAAAAUUGUUCAUAGCAUUUCUCUGUUUAAAUUCCCGUUUUUUGUUUUCUCUUCUAUUUACCAGUUCUGCACAGGCGUUUGCAAGGUCGUUGAAGUCAUUUUGAUCUGGUACGAAGACUUUGUUGUCGCAGUUGAAGUUCCGCAUAUAAAUCUGACUUCAGGAAAAACGUUUCUGCGAUUUGAUUGCGAAGAAGAAAAGAGUAAAAAGCACGACGAAAAAAAGGAAGCAAUUCUGGUCAUCGAUCGACAGAAACAUCGAAUUUUUGAACCUAACAAUUUUAGUGUCGUCAUCAUACUAAGAAGAAUAUGUCGUCUGCAUCCGAUCCUAGUUCUUCUCCAGUUUACGAGGUGAACUUCGGACCACCUAGAAGUUUUGGGACAGUUCUCAAAUCGAAGCUCAAAGAAACAUUUUUACCCGAUGAUCCAUUCAGCGAACUCGGCAGUGAACCCUCGCUUCCUCGGAAAACCAAGAAAGUGGUUCAGUAUUUUGUUCCGGUUGUGGAAUGGUUGCCCAAGUACAACCUCAACCUCUUCAAGUAUGAUCUCCUUGCCGGAAUUACUAUUGCCAGCCUUGCUAUUCCUCAAGGAAUUAGUUACGCAAAGCUCGCCAAUAUUCCUCCAAUUAUCGGACUAUAUUCGAGCUUUGUUCCGCCAUUGAUUUACUGCAUAUUUGGAAGCUCAAAGCAUCUUGCUGUCGGAACAGUUGCGGCUUCUUCUUUGAUCAUUGCGGCAUCAAUAGAAGAGAAAGUAUCUCCAGUUGACAAUAUUGAAUUGUAUGUCAGCUUGGUGUUCACGGCUUGUCUCAUUUCUGGGUUAAUCCAGACAGCUAUGGGCGCAUUAAGACUUGGGAUAUUGAUAGACUUCCUAUCCCAUUCAACUAUACUUGGAUUUAUGGGAGGGACAGCUGUGUUGAUUUGCUUGCAACAGUUGAAAGGAAUGCUGGGAUUGAAGCAUUUCACCACCCACACUGACAUGAUUUCUGUUCUACAUUCAGUUUUUGCCAAUAGAAAAGAGUGGCAAUGGCAAAGUGCAGUUGUUGGAAUCAUCUUUCUUGCUUUCCUGCAAUUUACAAGAUUUGUGAAGCAAAGGAGACCAAAUUUGUUUUGGGUGUCAGCAAUUGCUCCAAUAACAGUAGUCAUUGUUGGCGGGCUCUUUGCUUAUUUUGCUCAUGCUGAGAAACACGGAAUUGCUAUUGUCGGACCUCUUAAGAAAGGAAUUAACCCGCCCUCAAUCAAUCGCAUCAACUUUGAUCCUAAAUAUGUCUCCGCUCCAUUGAAGGCUGGACUUAUUACCGCAAUGAUUGCUUUAGCAGAAGGAAUAGCAAUUGGAAGGAGUUUUGCCAUAAUAAAAAAUGAACAAAUUGAUGGGAACAAAGAAAUGAUAGCUUUUGGGUUCAUGAACAUUAUUGGAUCUCUAACUUCAUGCUACUUGACUACCGGUCCAUUUUCGAAAACAGCAGUGAAUUUCAAUGCUGGAUGCAGAACACAAAUGUCAAAUGUAGUAAUGUCGAUUUGUAUGAUGCUGACGCUUCUGUUCUUAGCCCCGUUAUUUAGUUACACACCCCUCGUCGCCCUAUCCGCCAUUAUCAUGUCAGCCAUGUUAGGUCUUAUUGAGUACGAAAAAGCCUAUCACCUCUACAAGACCGACAAGUUCGACUUCUUAAUCUGCAUGGCUGGAUUCUUCGGUGUUGCCUUCAUUAGCAUGGACGUCGGCCUUAUGCUUUCGGUAGGACUUGCUUUAGUUAGGGCACUUUUAUAUGUGGCUAGGCCAGCUACAUGUAAACUUGGGAACAUUCCUGGUUCGAAACUGUACAGAGAUGUGGAGCAGUAUCCGCAUGCUACCCUUGUUCCUGGAAUCUUACCCAUAAAGCUAGGAUCCCCUAUUUACUACGCCAAUUGUCAAUACAUUAGAGAAAGGAUACUAAGGUAUGUUAGACAAGAACAGUCUCUAGUGACAUCAAAAGGAAAUGUUAUAGAGUAUAUAAUACUCGAUUUGGGAGAUGUGACAUCCAUCGAUAUCACGGGAGUAGAAACGUUCUCAGAAAUUCGAAGACUCUUAGAAGCCAAGGAUAUCAAGAUGAUCUUGGUAGACCCAAGGCUUGCAGUGAUGGAAAAAUUAAUUGUGACAAAAUUCAUAGAGAAAAUUGGGAAGGAAUCAGUUUACUUGUCGAUCGACGAUGCGAUUGAGGCUUGCAGAUAUUCGUUGAGAACUUCAUCGAAGACGGAAGGAGUUGAAGUUGUGUAAAAAGAAAAAAAAGUUUGCAGAAACUUUCUUUUAGAAUGUGCAAAUAUUAUUCGCGGAAGAAAAAUUUGUAAAAAGGAAAACCAUGUACUUAGAGCUCCUCUUUUCAUGAGAGCGAAUAAUAUUUUGGCAAUGAAAUCCAAACGUUUGUCAUACUGUGUCCUAUAAUUACGCAAAUGGGCUAAGAUUACAGUGCAGAGCGGAACUGGCCUUGUUAUUGCUGACUUAGACUUGGACUGAACUGGC